AUGGUUACCCCAACCACAUCACAAGCAUCCAUCGCUGCUGCGGCAGUCAAAAUUGACUCUGACCCAGACUCUAACAAGAAGAAGAAGGAGAAGCCCAUAAUCAUUGGACUGUACGGCCUUCCAGGGUCUGGAAAGUCCACCUUGAUGAACGAGCUCAAGCUUAAACUAGACGACGAAAAAUUCGUCUUUUACGAAGGAUCCGAGUUGAUAUCCGCCAUUGUUGCUGGCGGUCUUGCCGUCUUUGCAAAACUCGACAAGCAGGAAAAGCAUCUCAUGCGAGAGCGGGCAAUUGCUACCGUCGCAAAAGAGUGCUCGGCCAAGAACCGCACCGCUCUCGUCGUUGGCCAUUACAUGUUUUGGCGACAAGACGAACUGGCGGGCGACAUUGUCGCUACCGCCAGCGAUUUUGACGUCUACACACACAUCAUCUACUUGAAUGUGCCAGUCCAAACUAUUCUCCAGCGUCGGGUAGGCGAUACGCAGCGGCAGCGCCCGCCAGUGUCGGCCGCACACUUGGAGCAGUGGCAGCGAGCCGAGAUUGACCAGCUCCGCAGGCUCUGUAGACGGCAUUAUAUCUUGUUUUCUGUUGUUCCGCAGAACGGCAGCUCGCUUCUUUCCACCUUGAAGUUGGUCCGCCAUUUCGAACAGACAACUGCAAAACGCAACCUCGCUUUCGUCAUGAACAGAGUCGAAGCGGCAAUCAUGGGCGAGGAGCGCGCAGAAACUGUGCUAGUUGUCGAUGCCGACAAGACUUUGGCGAGCGAAGAUGCCGGUUCCAUGUUUUGGCAGGCUGCAACAAAUGGUCUUGGCCAAGGGAAAUUGGACAUGUGCCCGCUCAAGAGCCUUUUUAGCAGUCCGCUCGGCUAUUCCGAGGUCGCAUUUCGCCAAGCAACACUUUUAUAUGAAGAAGCUGCCAACGAGAUUGAAUUCGAGGCACUGUGCGAGGAACUUGCAGCUGCUAUUACGGUGCAUCCCGAGUUCAUCAGCCUCUUUCGACUGGUUCUCACCCACCGCCACGUACGAGUUCUUGUCCUGACCUGCGGCAUCCGACGCGUCUGGCAAAUGGUAAUGGACAAAGCCGGCCUGGGUCAUGGCAUCAAAGUCGUUGGUGGCGGCAGGAUCGCGGAUGAGAUUGUGGUGACCCCAGAGAUCAAGGCACAGGUUGUCUCGAGUCUUCAACAGCAAAUGGGUCUCUAUGUAUGGGCCUUUGGAGAUAGUCCGCUUGACUUGCCAAUGCUAGAGGCAGCCAACAAGUCCGUUGUCGUCUCUGGCGACCCACGAAAUCAAAGUCGCAGCAUGGAUAAUGCCCUUUGCGAAGCCAUCGACAGCCGCGGUUUCUGCUCUCAGCAAGUGCUCCUACCGCCACAUGUCGCUCCACGCUUAAACGCUACAAAGUUGCCGCUGCUGGCAUUCUCUGAUGCCAAUUUUAUCGAAGCGCUUAUACGCCGCCGCGGGACAGAGGCUGCCGACGCCGUAUCCAAGUCAGUGUCGACUUAUAGUUGCAUCGUGGUCCAUGCCACAGACACUGGUGCAGCAAAACUGCUCAUGUCUCCGACCCGCGAUGCCUCCGUAUCCGGAACGGCACUCAGACAUGCUCAUCAAGAGGCUGGCAGAUACUUGGCGCUGCACUUUCUCACGGACCUGAUUGGCGUUGAGAGUUUCCAUGUGCCUCAUGUGCAGGGCCACCAGACUGAUGGGUUCCGCCUCGCUCACGAACCCCAAACCACCAUCAUAGCGCUCAUGCGCGGCGGAGAGCCCAUGGCCUUGGGCAUCAGUGAGGUGUUUCCAAGAGCCAUGUUUCUGCAUGCCUUUGAUCCAAGAGACAUCAAACCCCAUCACCUGGAGAACCAAAAGAAUGUAAUUCUUGUCGAUUCCGUAGUCAACAGCGGCAAAAGCAUCAUUGACUUUCUGCGCCACGUCACGCAGCUCAAGCAAGACCUCAUCAACAUUGUCGUCGUGGCAGGAGUGGUCCAAAAGGAAGCAGUCGCUGACGGUCAUGCGCUACGCACCAUGAUGGAGCAGCAUCGGGUCAACAUGGUAGCCCUGCGAGUAUCAGGUAAUAAAUUUACGGGGACCAAAUCUACUGAUACUGGAAAUCGGCUCUUCAACACUACUCAUCUGGCCUAA